AUGGACUCGAUUUCGGCCUGGUCGACUUGGCCGAAGGCGAUGUCGAAUACCUCGUCGUACCAUGAAACUGGCAUGGGAGUUAGUCCUUCACGGAUCAUCUCGGGGAGGUCUUCCCAUUCGGCCAUGUUGUCUUUAGGGAAAACAAUGAUUUUAGAUCCAGCAGCUUUGGCAGCAGCAGACUUUUCUCUUAAACCGCCAAUUUGGAGAACCUUGCCGGUGAGGGUUAUUUCACCAGUCAUGCAAACGUCGGGGUUGACAGGCUUGUUUAAGGCCAACGAGAUAAGACUUGUGGCCAUUGCAAUACCGGCAGAUGGUCCGUCUUUCUUAACAGCACCUUCGGGGAAAUGUGUGUGGAGUACAGCGUGA